AUGGAAAGCACAUCAGCGAAAGUGGAACUCUACAAAACGAGCAAGGUUAAACUUCCGAUGGCCGAACUGGAUUAUUUGAAGACUUUGGAAGAUGCCAGGGAUUUCAUGACGAUGAUGGUGACGAAAACUAGUGAGAAUCGCCAACAACUUGCAGACAUCUUCGGGGGCGACUGUUCUCGAAUUGCCCGCAUACGGACUGUCCUGGAUGAAGUGGUCUUGUCGGAAAUGAACUGCCAGGACCAAAGGGUUCGUACUUGCACAGAGGCUUGCGAGACCAUAGAGAAAGUGCUGGAGGAUAUGGGACUUGGAUGGUGCCUGAAGAAAGCCCAAAGUGAGGAAAAGGCCAGCUUCACAAAGAGGCGUUCAAGUAUUGACCGCGAAGAUUUGUUGAAGGCAGUGCAGCAGAUCGAAGGACAAGAGGCAUCGGCAGUGGAAGUGGACGAGGAUGCUUUGUCCCCCAAGGCCAAAAGCGAAGCGGCUGCUUGGUCACAAUGCUAUGACAAGGAUUUUGUGCAGCGGGUCCUGGCAUGUCAAGAACCAGUCGAGCUCCAGGCAUUAGAGCAAGAGGCAGUGGCAAGUAAGACAACAAAGCUUGGAAACUGGAUGAUUUGGAUGGUGCACCGCGCUCACUUGGAUGAUCCCACCUUGGUGAAGUUUGAUUUUACCAAUUUGAAGAUGCCUGACGGCAAUGUGGAACCAUUGAUCUCGCCCAAACUGGCCGUGGCGAUGGAGAGCAAUACCCACAUCGAGAACUUGCUGAUGGGUUGCACCAAUCUCCGAGAUCAGGAAGCUGCCAUUCUAGCGGUCUCGUUGCGCUCCAAUCACUCGCUCAAGGUCUUGAAUAUUGACACCAAUGCUAUUCAACCUUUGACUUUGGAGUCUAUCGCCAAUGGCACGAGUGUCAACCAGGCUUUGCAGGAGCUACGGUGCAACAACACUGCCAGCGGGCGCCUUGUGACUGAGGCUUUCCUUCACGCUUUGAAGUCAAAUCCGAGCCUCUGCAAGCUGGGGUAUCCUGUGACAGAUGCAUACUUCAGAGGAGAAAUCGACAAGCAACUGACACGAAACAACGAUGCUGCCCGCAAGAGGCGCCUAGAAGAGAAGCGACGAAGGGAAGCUGAAGGUGGAGCUGAAAAAUCUGAGACUCCGAAGGUUCAAGCCAAGACGCAGUCAGCAGGAUACCCAGCAGCAAAGCCAACACCGCCGGCCGCAACACCAAAGCCGGCUGAAGCAGAACCCUCGGUGCAAAGUGCAGUUGCCGAGGGCGAAGAGAAAGCAGAGGCGAAGCUGGAGGAUGAAAAACCCGGAGCACGGGAAGCGCAGGAAGCGCAGGAAUUGCAGAAAGGGCAGGAAGCUCAGGAAGCACAGGAGGCAAAGAAAGCAAAGGAAGAUCAGGAGGCACAAGAGGCAAAGAAAGCAAAGGAAGAACAGGAAGGAACGGAAGCAGAGGAAGCACAGGAAGCCCAGCCAGUCACCAAAGCUGCGCCAAAGACCCCAGUCGAGCCAGAAGAUUCUGCAGCCUUGCCUGGGAUGGUUGAAGCUCCUGCUCCCAUGCGUAGUUUGCGUGGCUAUCUCUACAAGAAGAGCCCCUCUGCUCGUUUGCUCAAGUCCUGGGAUUGGAGGUAUUUUGUGCUUCACGAAGGCCGUCUCAUUUGGUGGAGGAGGGAACGGGAUUUUCCUUCCGAAACAGUCUUGAGCCAACCAGAUCCUGCAGCCUGCAAAGGCUUCAUCGACUUCAAGCUGAGCCGCGCGCGCAUUGUUCCGGACCAACAGAACCCCAUGAUCUUUGCCAUUGAGUCUGUGGAUGGAAUGUGGCAGGCCUGUGCACAAAAGGCAUGUUGA